UCGCACACUCAGAGGUAAUACUCUAGGGUUUUCAAUUUCAAAUUUCUUAGCAAUGGAGGAGAAUGUUCCCACCAUCACCAUGCCGUUGUUUAUGGAUCCAGAGACGGAGUUCUUAGCCUCUAAACAAGUAACCGGCAACGAAUGGGAGCUCUUCAAAGAAAAUGUAAGACCAUUGAAGAGAGGCCGCAAUGUAAAACUCCUCAACGAUUCCCUCAAAUCCCAUGCCGAUAUUCAAAUCCGAAACUCUCUGAUUGACACCCGAAGAAAGCUCAUUAAAGCCAUUGAUGAGUAUGAAGGUGAAGAUCCUCUACAACCAUGGCUUGACUGUAUCAAGUGGAUUCAAGAUGCUUUUCCUCCUGGUGGAGACUGCUCAGGAUUGGUGGUCAUUUUUGAACAAUGUGUGCGAACCUUUUGGCAUGAGGAGCACUAUAAGAACGAUCUUCGUUAUCUUAAAGUGUGGUUGGAAUAUGCUGAAAACUGCGACGAUGCUGAAGUUGUUUAUAGUUUUCUUGACACAAACAAAAUCGGCGAGACACAUUCUAUCUUUUACAUAACAUAUGCUUCCCAUUUGGAGUCAAAGAAUAAGAUCAGAACUGCGAAUGACAUAUUCGAGCUUGGGAUAUCUAGGAAUGCUCAACCUAUUGAGAAGCUAAAAUCAGCUUACAAGAGUUUUUUUGCCCGGACGAUGAAUAGACCAAGAGCCAGUGAAGAGGAAUUGAUGGAUACUCGUCAACCUGUACGAAGCUUUGGAACCAUCUUGGCCCGGAAAGACAGUGGAAACCGUACUCUUGAAAGUUCUGACAUUGCUAGGAAAAGACCAAAGCAAGACGGGCCUGGGGCUUCACUCAAGGUUUUUAAAGAGACGAGCACCAUGGCUAGGAGCUCAAUGCACCAGUCAGAACCACCGAAAUCGGACUUGAAACCCUGGCACACUCUAGGAGCACGAGCUGAGAGAAAUAAAGAGAACAAUGCGAUCCCUGCCAUGUGGACAUCAAAUAAGAUUCCCCAGAGACCUGUUCAUAGAAUUGGUGGAGCUACUGCCCCUCCCUGCAUUGAAGUCUUUGUAGAUGAAGAAUGCUCAGAACCUCAUAACGUUAGCAGUGAGGGUGGACGCUCCUCUGCUCUGCAGCUCAGGAACAAGGAUGGCAGCGACCUUAAGAAGGAAACAGAACUACUGAGGGAAAACCCAUUACGCCAUUUUCCUCCUAGCAGUCUCAGAUGAUUACAAUGUAUGUUAUAUUUAUCUAUCCAUAUUUGGAUCAGCUUGUUUCUGUAAAGCUUGAUUCAACUUGUCACAUUCUCGUACAUUGAACACAUGGAGUGUAUUAGGAAACACAUUCCUCAACAAUUUGUUGAGAUGGUGUAUGUAUGCUAUCUCAUCUUUUAACUCUUUGGUUUCUUGUUCUUUUAUUCCAUUUAUGAGAGA